AUGUCGACUGAAUGGUCUUUGGACUUCUGCCUGGUCUGUGACCGUCAAACCCAGGGCGCUCCCUACUGCUCCCAAACAUGCCGCUUAGCGGAGCUGGAUGACAUAUCGGAAGGAAUGUCACGAAGAUCGAGUGCAUCAUCUACACAUUGGUCUGAAAUCAAUCAGGCCCAAGCACAAGCCGAAGCCAAUACCCCAGACGCCCAUAAUCCAUCUCGAAUCCUAUCUGUCUCCUCAUCUCAAACCUCCCUCUCUUCGCUGAAGAGCAACGCAUCCAAUUCCAAUGUGGCCGAUCGGCUCCAGGAUGAAUUGCGUGAUUAUGCGUCUUCUUUCGACCAAGUCCGCGACCUGAAACGGCGCAUGACUACCACAUAA